AUGAAUGUGUAUGGUAGACCAGAUAAAUGCCUCUCUCAUGGAGUUACGUUGAAAGUGUGUGACAGCUUUGACUCUUGCUCAAUCAUAGAGAAAAAACCAAAUAUUUCAUGGACAUCAUCUUUGAAUGAGUAUGAUAGCAAGGAGAUAGAAUAUCUGGUGACAGAAAACUUAGAUUUUGGGGAUUAUGACUUUGCUUUAGCAACUGCAUUAGUAGGAAAGGAGAACACCAGCCAAUCAACUCUUCUCAUCCAAAGUGUUAUUGAAAAAUUCUCUGAGCAUCUUGUCUCCAGUAUAAAUGCAAAUCCUGGAAACAAUGUUUACAUUGACGAAGCUCUAAACUUACUGGAAAUUAUAGUUAAGGAAGAUAUCAACAGCAGCACAACAAUUAGCAACAUUGUGAAGUUGAAGAAUCUAGCCCUUGAAAACUAUGUAUCCACCCAGGAUAGUGUUCCAGCUGGAACCAACAACAGAAGUUAUUUGUCACAAGAUGAUGACAUCAUGGGGAUAAAUGCUGUGAUGGUAGGAAAAAUGGACAAAAAGAUAGUAAGAUUUAUCAUUACAUCAGAGAAAUUAUAUGUUUUCCUUAUUGAAUGA